GAACUGGAUAACAUCUCCUUCAACCCGCAGCACAGACUCAUUUCUCUACACACCAGCUCUGAGUGGAUGCUCAGCAGGGGUGUUUGAGAUAUUAGCGCGCUGUGGGGGAACGGCUCAGGGACUUCUACCAUCCACAUAUAAAGAGCCGGCAGUCAGGAGAAUGGGCAAAUCCGAAAGCCAAAUGGAUAUCAUGGAGAAAUCAAGUAAACCUGGGAAGCGUCGCUGGACUGUUGCAGAAAUCGGUCUGUCCGUGCUGCUGCUGUUGGUCAGCUGUGCCUUGGCCGGACUGGUAGUCCUCUACACAUCGGUUGUGAAAGAGGAAUCUAACAGGCCGAGUGUGUCAAGAAGCUCAACAGGUGAAGGCCAGCUGUAUCACUCCAACCUCAACAAUGUGUGCACAACUGCAGACUGUGUUACUGCAGCUGCUCGGCUCUUGCAGAACAUGGAUAAGUCUGUGAAGCCUUGUGAUAAUUUCUACCAGUAUGCCUGCGGGGGUUGGCUGGAGCGACAUGUCAUCCCGGAGACCAGCUCCCGACACAGCGUCUUUGACAUUCUGAGGGACAAACUGGAGAUUGUCCUCAAAGGUGUUCUUGAGAUGGGGAAUGAACAUGACAGGGAUGCCAUCCGGAAAGCCAAAGUCCUUUACAGCUCUUGCAUGAAUGAGAGCCUCAUAGAGCAGCGUGACUCCCAGCCCCUUCUGAAGCUCAUCGACAGCAUUGGAGACUGGCCUGUUGCGUCGGAUGACUGGAACACCACUACAGAAGAAGCAUGGAGCCUCGAGGACACGCUGGCCACGCUCACAGCUCGUUUCCACAAGAAGGUUCUGCUGGACAUGUAUGUGUGGACAGAUGACCGGGACUCUCGGCGCCAUAUCAUUUAUAUUGACCAGCCAGGACUUGGAAUGCCAUCAAGGGACUAUUAUUUCAACGAUGGGAACUACAAAAAGGUUCGAGAGGCCUAUCUACAUUUCAUGAUUUCUAUUGCGAAGAUAACCCGAGAGGACAGGAACUUGACACAGGAUGACGACCGUGUGUGGGAGGAAAUGAUGCAAGUGCUGGAGCUAGAGACAGACAUCGCCAACGCCACAUCUCCAGCUGAGGAGCGCCAAGAUGUCACCGUUCUCUAUAAUAAGAUGACACUUGGUGAUCUGCAGAGCACCUUCAGCCUGAAUGGUUUUAACUGGACACGAUUUAUUCAAGGUGUUUUGUCCAGUGUGUCCAUUGAGGUCCAGCUGGAGGAGGAGGUGGUGGUGUACAGCUCUCCCUACCUUGAGAAGAUGAAUGAAGUUCUCUCCAGACACAGCGUCAGGACUAUGCAGAACUACCUCACCUGGCAGCUCAUCACUGACAGAGUUAAUAGCCUAAGCCGCCGUUUCAAAGAUGCCAGAGCCCGUUACAGGAAGACUCUGUACGGGACCACUGUGGAGGAUGCUUGGUGGCGAGAAUGUGUCCGUUAUGUCCAGAGUAGCAUGGAGAACGCAGUUGGAGCUCUGUAUGUGCGUGAGACCUUUGCUGGAGAAAGUAAACGAAUGGUCAGUGACCUCAUCGCUAAGAUCCAGAAAGCCUAUGUGGAAACUCUGGAGGAGUUAAGCUGGAUGGAUUCUCCCUCAAAGGAGAAGGCAAGAGAGAAGGCCAUGGCAAUCAAGGAGCAUAUUGGCUAUCCAGACCAUAUUCUGGAGAAAAGUAACCAGAAGCUCGACCAGGAGUACGCUCAUCUAAACUUUAGUGAAGAACAUUACUUUGAGAACAUCCUCGAGAACCUGAAGUCUGAGGCGCACAAGAGUCUGAGGAAGCUCAGAGAACCAGUCGAUCCUAACUUGUGGAUCAUUGGUGCUGCUGUGGUGAAUGCAUUUUAUUCUCCCAACAGAAACCAAAUAGUGUUUCCAGCAGGAAUCCUGCAGCCGCCGUUCUUCAGUAAACAUCAGCACCAGGCUCUUAACUUUGGCGGAAUAGGAAUGGUUAUUGGACAUGAGAUCACACAUGGAUUUGAUGACAAUGGGCGUAAUUUUGACAAGGAUGGUAAUAUGCUAAACUGGUGGAGUAAUUACUCUGCGGAGCAUUUUAAAGAGCAGUCACAGUGCAUGGUGCAACAAUAUGGCAACUUCAACUGGAAGCUAGCAGGUGGACAAAAUGUCAGUGGAAUCAGCACUUUGGGGGAGAACAUUGCAGACAACGGAGGGGUUCGUCAAGCAUACAAGGCUUAUCUAAAGUGGGUGGAGAUAGAGGGUGAAGAACCUCGUCUGCCUGGUCUAGACAUGGAUCACAAGCAGCUUUUCUUUCUUAACUUUGCCCAAGUGUGGUGCGGUGCUUAUCGGCCUGAGUACGCCAGCCAGUCCAUCAAGACUGACUCACACAGUCCCUUAGAAUACAGGGUGCUUGGGUCUCUCCAGAAUUUCGAAGCAUUCUCAGAAGCUUUCCAGUGCCAAAAAGGCAGUCUAAUGAACCCUGAGCUGAAGUGUCGUGUCUGGUAGAAAGUUAUUUAUUUCCUGACAUGGGCAACUCAAAUCAAAAGAACAAGUUGUACUUCUUAAACCCACAGAGACAUCCUGCUUAAGACUAAUUCCAAUUUAUUUGGGGCAGAGCGGUGACACAGAUAUUUUCAUAUACAGUACUGUAGAUGUAUUUGGAAUGGAUGACAUCCUGGACUACACCCUAGUUUCAAAACUUGAAGCACGUAUACUAAAAAAAAAAAAAGUUUGUCCACAAGUUUGAAGUGUUGUCUCUGGAUGAGUAGGUCACUCGUUCUUUUUUUGCUGUGUCCCACGACAGACGACAAGUGGGUACAUGGAUGAAAAGGCGACAUAGAAAAGUAAGACCUUCUCAAAAGGUUCAAGCCUUUCUUGAUUUAAUUCUUAAAGAAAUCUCUUGUGCAGAUCUUUGUGAUUUAUCCAUUAACAUUUGGCGCUGAGUUAACUUGGCGUACGUCCUCUGAUGUAUCGUUUUCAAGACAUUGUGCCACUUCAGACGGAACAAUAGUGAACAAAUCUCUGACUCCGACUGAAGCGUGAUUAUGAAAUAAAUGAAAGCUCUGGGCUUUGCUGAUGCAAAGCUAAAAUAGAAUUAGUCACACUCUAAGAGUUUGGUCACUCACUGUUACAUGAAACAAAUUACCUAAAGACUUUAAGACUGUUAAAUCUUUGCAGCUUUAACCUUAAAUUAACAUUGUGAGAGAGCUGCAGCUUUCAACGUUUUUACACUUACAGAGUGGAUAAAUAUUUAAAAUCAACAAAGCUAUUUAGUACUUUUUGGAGGAUCAAAGUUUCUGCAAAUGAUUGUUGCUCAAUACCCGCUGCUGAGAUGUAUAUGUGUGCCAUUACAUUUUGCUUUAAGAAACCAUAUUCCACAUGUUUUGAUAAAUAUUGGUGGCCUGCUACUUUUUUAGCUCGUGAGAAAAACUAGACACCCUUUAGAGAUAUGGCGAUGUGAUAAUGACGAAAAAGCAAUGUAUACAUCGCUUUAUUGCGUUAGUUGGUACUGCCAAGUUUAGAAACAGGUGUGGAUAUACAGUAGGUUGCUAAUCACAGUUGUGUUGUGUGUUUGAAGCUUGUCUUGCUCGUUUUUCUGCUUUCACACAUUCCACAUUUUACAUGACUUUGAAAGGCUCCCAAGUGGUCAUACUGGGCUGAUGUAUAGCUAACAAACCUCUAAACAUGUGCCAUUUGUUAGAUGACACACCUACAUGUAUUCAAAAUUACGAUGCCUACUUGUAUGAUAUCUGUACGUCGUUUACAUUUAACCCUUAAAGCUAACUGAUUUGUAUGAGAACUGGCUUUUUCCUUCACCACAUGGUCUCCUGAGAGGAGACUCAAACAUACAGUGAUGACAAGACUUUUAGCCUCUGGGCAUAGCCAAUUACACGUUUAGGGUAGGGAGAAGAAAACCUCCCUCAGACACAUUCACACAUGGACAGGCAGUACAUGAAGUGGUUUGUCUUCUGAUCUCGCAUUGAUCAGUGCCGUGCAGAUGAAAGGAUGAAGUGCAGUGCGCUGAAGCGUGGCGACCGCUGUAACCGAACCACGACCCCGCGGGCAGACACACUGAAGAAAGGGGCUUGUCAUUAAAGAGAUGGCCAGGGCCAGGACUGUUAUUUUCUACCUUUAUUAACAAGUAAUGACAAGAAAAUCAAAGCAGAGGAUGGAGGCACUGGCUGCAGGUAGCUUUUUUUUUGUUUUUUUUGUGCUGAAGAGAGCUUUUAAACACAGCUGAAAUACAGUCAGUUUUUAAUGUUUGCUUGUCAUUGGUCACAUUCAGGAUGCCUUGGUAAACUGAACACGACUGUUAGGUCUCAACAGAGGCUGCUGAAUUGAAUGUGCUUAUUGAAGCUUUAUACUCUGUCUCUCAGUCUUCACAUAGUGGCAAAUACUGUUGUGUUUAGUAGGAGGUGGUGGGGGGGGGACACAUUAAUGAAAGACUGUUUUACUCAGAAUGUAAGUGCUGAUAGUGUGCUGCCACCUUCAAACAACAAGGCACAUUUAUCACGUCUUGUUGAAAGAAAUGCUGGAGGCUAAAUCAUAAGCUACAAUGCAACAUUGGGCCGCCGUUUGAAGAGCAACAGCUUGUAUAUUUUUGUCUGGUUGAGGAGUUAAACAGUUCAAAUGUGUUAACCGAACACAAAGAGUACAUAAUAUACAAUGUGUUAUUGUAUAUACUUGAUGUUCUAUACUGCAGUACUUACAUAUAAAGAAUUGAAAUCAGGUAAGAAAGAAAUUGUACAUUUCUUACCUUAGUUCUAGCUUCACAUUUACAUGGUGAAAUUGUGUCAUUUUGAAAUUACCAGCCAAGUACAAAAAACGUUCCUUUUUUUUUGCUGUUUCAUCUGUAUACCCAUCAGAGGAAUUUAUUUAUCUACAUAAAUAUUUAUGAAAUAGCAUUGUUGCUUUGCAAGACUUCAGGUGUUACAAAGAUGUUUUAUGAAUGUUCCUGCUGCUAUGUUAUUAUCUAGACUAACUGCUAUUUUUGUGACUCAGAUCUGUAAUUAUUGCCAUUAAAGUGACUGUCCCAACUGGUACAAUA